UUUGGCGAGUAUGAAAUAAGGGCGAGAGGAGCAGAGGAGUUUCCGUUAUCCAUUAUCUUUCUCUCUGUAUCAACAGCUGUCUCUCAUCUUUCUCUAGAAAUUCUCUGAUAAUCUUUUAACCUUUCCAAAUCAAUUAAAUUAGGGAUUUUUUGCCAAUCUCUCUUGUUCGAAUUCGAACCCUUGUGUUUUGCAGCCAUGGUUUCCGAUUCGAUCAACGCUUCCAUUCCAUAUGCUCCUAAGGAUUUCGCCAAGAAGAAAAAGGCGAACCGUUCUGCCAAACUGAAGCAGUGCAAGCUUGAUGCGCGUCGCGAGCAAUGGCUUUCUCAAGUUGCAGUUAAGAACAAAGUAAGCAAGCAGGAAACGAACGGCCAGCAAGUAUCCCUGUUUGACAACGAGAAGAGGAAUGCCAUAGAGAAUUUAGAGACGAAUCGAAGAGGAAGAAGAGAUGAAGAUGAGAAGGAAAACGGUACGAUCUAUCACGAUUUCGAUUCAGAUUCCCGUUCGCACAGUCCCCCGGGCAGCCGGGUUCUUAGCGGCACCAAUGCUGGCACCAAUUUCACGGGCUCCUCCAGCAGCAGCAGCAGUAGCAGCAGUGGUGGCUGUUGCUCUGGCAGCAUUACGGAGGAGGAAGAAGAGGAAGCUGAUGAUGAUUGCUUGGACGAUUGGGAGGCUAUGGCUGAUGCUCUAGCUGCAAAUGAUGAUAACAAGCAAGAAAAUCAAAAUGACAAUUCGUGUCCGCGACUGGUAACGGAGUCCUCCCCACAAAUUGAUCCAGGUGUUCGAUCAGAUUCUAAUUCAAAUAAUUUGGGUUACAGUCGUGAGGAUUUGAAGCAAGAGGGGCCAAGAACGGCAUCACCUAGACUGUCUUCUGGGCAUAGCCGGGCGUGGAGGCCGGAUGAUGCAUUUCGACCACAGAGUCUUCCUAAUUUGUCGAAGCAGCGGAGCUUUCCGAGUGCAGAGGGGCAUCGUGGACAGGGUGGACUUCCGUGGCACUUCUCAAAAGUUGUUAACGUGCCUUCUUCCUGUCCCAUAUGUUGCGAGGAAUUGGAUGUUACAGAUACGAGUUUCUUACCCUGCAUGUGCGGAUAUCGGCUUUGCCUCUUCUGUUACAAUAGAAUAUUACACGUGGAGGAUGGACGCUGUCCAGGUUGUAGGAAGAACUAUGAGGGCAAUGCUGAGGAGGCAGAGCUGAGCGUGAAUGGAGGUAGCCUGACAUUCUGGCUGUCUCGUUCUUAUAGCAUGGUUGCUAGGACCUAGGACGAUGAGUCUCUGGCUUGCUGAAAUAUAUAUGUUGGUCUAUCUCUCUCCUUUGGCUUGUCUUUCGUGUUUUGUUUUAGUCUUAGAUUCAGUUCGGUAGAUCUUCUAGUUGUCGGGGUAUAGCUGGUUUGUGUCUUUUGGCACCCGGAUUUGGUCUGCUUCUCCUAUGAGCUUUGUUCUUAUCUGUUUGGUGCAUAUGUUAAUGUAGGGAACUCGUGUUUUGGUCUGUGAAUAGACAAGGCGGUAUAGAAAUACAUGAUAAAAUAAAAAAUAAAAAAAAUUAGAAUAUAUUUUUUUCUA